AUGUCACCCGAUGUCCCCCCGUCCACCUUUGCAUCGCUCCCCACGCCGACAAUCAACACUGGCCGCACUCCUGAACCCCCACUGCCUUCCUCCUCCAGCGCCUCAACAUCCGUUGUGACGGCUCCUGUACCCACCACCACCGUACUCAAUCCUAACAUACCGACAAACACUCACCUCGUCACCGCCAACACCAGCAAUGUGGACUCGGUCCAUACCUGUUCUCACUGCGACCGCACCUUCAUCUCACGCAUCGGCCCGGCCGGUCACUUACGAAUCUAUCGCACAGAGACUGGCGAAGCAGUGCCUGGAGCACCCACAUACAUUCGCUGCAUCCGCCUCUACAGUUCAUACUGCCCCAGCAUAUUCGCUCAAUGCAUGGGCCUUCUAGGGCAUGUGCGCAUCCACGAGAGCGGAAUUAACGGCAGUCUCCAAACACGUAGCGCCUCCUGCGCAUCCACCACGCCUAGCCCAACCCACACACUGCCGCGCACCGCCAGCAGCUCCAUCGCCGUUGCCGACAUUUACUGCCCACAUUGUCCCGCACAUUCACUUCGCACAUCAGCCUGGUCGAUCACUUGCGAAUCCAUCGCACAGGGACUGGCCAACCAGUGCUUGGAGCACCAGCAUACACCCGACACACCCACCUCAACUGCCCUCACUGCACCCGCACAUUCACCCGCCGCAUGA